AUGUUUCCCCACGGUAACCACCCCGCCACCGUGGAUGUGAAGGGGAGGCUGAAGGUCCCGGCCGCGUUUCUUGAACCGCUGGAACAGCUCGGCACCCAGGUCUUCGUUACCAGCCUCGACGGACAAAGUGCCUCCAUCUACCCGAUGAAGGUCUGGGAGGACACGGUGGCCCAUGUGCGCAAGUUGGGGGAACUCCAUCCGACGUGGCGCAGGUUCUCCCGCAUCACGAACUUCUACGGACAGCAAGUCGAGCUCGAUACGCAGCACCGGAUCGUUCUUCCCCAAAACCUUCGGACCCUCGCGAACAUCGUCGGGAAGGUGGAUGUCCUGGGGAUGGAGCGCUACCUCGAAGUGUGGAACCACGCGACCCUGCUCUCGCGGAUCACCGACGACCCGCUGACCGACCACGACGAUCUGAAGCUCGCGCACCCGGAGGGAAUCUGA